GGUGUGUAAUGGAAAGGUGGUUACUGGACUGUCAAACACUGUCCCAAUUUCUUGCUGCCUGUUGGUAGUUACAGUCUUGUUCGGUAGCGCUCUACAUCCACCACGCGCCUUUGAGUCGAAGGAGUCUAGCCAGUUUGAUUAUUCUCUAGUCUAGUUUGGUACGGGUGAAGUUGCUCUCUGCAUUGCAGCCUAGUGCUGCUGAUGGAAUUCAAACACAUAACAAUGGCGACUUCCAGCCCCAACAACACAACAUCUACCAGCCACAACAGCAAUAACGCAGGAUCUACAGGCACACAUCAACAUCAAUCCCAAUCGCAACACAUAACAACAAUGAGCAGUAUGCAAGAAUCCAACACCUGCUGGAGAUGUCAGAGUGAAACAGGGUUUCAGAUAAACCUGUCUGGAGCUCCCCCAAGUAAACGCAAAGCACUGAAGUUAAAUUUUGCCAAUCCCCCGAUCAAACCAACAACCAGAUUCACUCUGAAUACAGCAGGACCCCCAUUCCAGAACCCCCACAUAGAGAGGCUGCGGACGCAUAGUAUUGAGUCGUCAGGGAAGUUGAAGACCGCCGGCGGUGAUUGUGACUUCACGGCUGAGGACCUCAAGGACCUGGGGGAGAUUGGGCGGGGCGCUUACGGCUCUGUCAACAAGAUGGUGCACAAGCCCAGCAACCAGAUAAUGGCUGUCAAGAGGAUUAGGUCAACGGUUGAUGAGAAAGAACAGAAGCAGCUGCUGAUGGACCUGGAUGUGGUCAUGAGGAGUAGUGACUGUCUCUACAUAGUCCAGUUUUACGGGGCUCUUUUCAGAGAGGGGGACUGUUGGAUAUGUAUGGAACUUAUGUCUACCUCGUUCGACAAAUUCUACAAAUAUGUAUAUUGUGCUUUAGAUGAUGUGAUUCCAGAGGAAAUAUUAGGCAAAAUAACAUUAGCUACUGUGAAAGCACUUAACCACUUAAAAGAAUACUUGAAAAUAAUUCACAGAGACAUCAAGCCAUCCAACAUCCUCCUGGACAGGAAUGGCAACAUUAAGCUUUGUGAUUUUGGCAUCAGUGGCCAGCUGGUGGACUCCAUCGCAAAAACCAGAGAUGCAGGGUGCAGACCAUACAUGGCACCUGAGAGAAUAGACCCCAGUGCCUCCAGACAAGGCUAUGACGUCCGAUCAGACGUAUGGAGUUUGGGGAUCACACUGUAUGAGCUGGCGACCGGACGGUUUCCCUACCCAAAGUGGAACAGUGUGUUUGACCAGUUGACACAGGUGGUGAAGGGAGAACCUCCACAGCUUACCAACUCAGAAGACAGGCAGUUCUCCCCCAAAUUCAUCAACUUUGUCAAUCUGUGCCUUACAAAGGAUGAGUCAAAAAGGCCAAAGUACAAAGAGCUUCUGAAACAUGCUUUCAUACUGAUGUAUGAGGAGCGCUCAGUGGAUGUUGCCAGUUACGUCUGCAGAAUCCUGGAUCAGAUGCCUACUUCUCCCAGCUCCCCCAUGUACGUCGACUGACUGUAGAACAAGUAGAAACGGAAGCCUGGAACAACAACAACAAAACAAUGGCCUAAAGAUUUUCUUCAUCCCAUACUGCAGUGUUAAACUAAGACAGGAAAUGGACAAACUAAAACACCACGUGUACUAAGACUGGUGUUCAGUCACGUCUGUAUGAUAUCAACAUUCACACACUUCUCUAUCUCUCCUACACAAACACACUUACAUGUAAGUACACUAGUAACUGAAUGAAUAUACCAUGGUCUUGGUUCAUCUCGAUGUGAGACGUCAUCUCUAAUGUGGAUACAGUACGGUGAUUUAAAAUCUGGAAAUGUAUUUAUAGUGUUUAAUCACUUGUGGAAUAUAUGAUUUGGAGAUACUGGAAUCAUGCUCUUUGUGAAUCUUCCCACCUCUUCCAUGUAUGUGACUUUAAACAUUGUGUUUGGUAUCUUAAAUGAAACAUUGCUUCUUAGGGUGUAAAGCAAUUUAAAAGGUAACAGCAUUGAUGGACAGGAUCAUGUGGCCUCCAUCCAAUGUUGUGAGGGUGCUGCCGUCACUGAGCAAUGGUCUUUGUGCUGAUAUAUAAAUAAAAAGAGAGAAAUAAAUAAUUGUGCUUUGAGAGACAUUUAGUUACUCUGCAUCUAUGUGAGCUCAGGUUAAUCCAUUCUGAUGUAGGAAGGCAAGCAUCCACACAAACAAACACACUCACUGGCUCUCUCAGCCAUGGCAUAUGCAACACUUUCUCUUUAAAAGCUAAGCUGUAUGUAUGUAUGGUGCUGUUGAUCUGUAAUUAUUCAUAAUGCCAUCUUGUAUCCCUGUAUAGAGCCACACAUUUAUCUGUAAUGAAAUUGCCUACUGUUCUGAUUACAGCUGGAUGUUGCUACCGUUCUAAUGCACCUGACCGGCCCCUAAUGAUUUCAGCUGAUAUGCCAGUAUUUGUUUCUUAAAUGCAUGGCACCUGAACGGUGUUCUGACUGUGAUUGAUUGACUCCUAUAAUAUUCACAAUGUACACAGAAUCUAGAGGUUUCAUACACAGUGUAGUUCACUUUUUUGGGGGGGAUUACUGGAUAUAAUGGAAACUUAGUUGACUGCUGGUAAAAUACUGGUACAGUAGUAAACUAUUUAUUUAUUAUUAAAUUGGCUGGAUAUCAUUGCAUACAACAUGCAUUCAAAUGUUUGCAGUUUUACUGUAGAACAUUAAAAUUAGAAUAUCUUGCUGGGCAGAAUGUGUAAAAUCUUUAAUGACCUGAGGAUAUUAAAAUAAGCUUAUGAAAUAUAAGGAUGAUGAUUUAAUUUUAAUGAUGUAUCACAUUUUUUAUUUUAUCUUUCAUCUAUCUGAAAAUAAGAGUGUACAUUUUGAGCUUGGUGUCACAGAAAAAUGUAAGAACUAUCCAACAAAUAAAACAUGUACAGGGA